AUGGCACCGACCGUCAAGGAAAUUCCUGAUGUCAUCAAGUAUCUGUCAGCAGCUCCUGGAAAAGUCAUCGUUGUUGACAAUACCGCUUCUGGGCUGAUGGCAGCAUCAUACCCAGAGUUCUUGAAAAAUGGGAUCAGCAUAAUUACACCAAAUAAAAAGGCAUUCUCGGGAACCUACCAACUUUGGCAAGAUGUCUUCACAUCAGCUAGCGCUGGAGGCUCAUUCGUCUACCAUGAGUCUUCGGUCGGAGCUGGGAUGCCCAUUAUCUCAACUCUCAGUGAGCUUGUAGAGACUGGAGACCAGGUCACUCUGAUCGAGGGGGUAUUCUCAGGCACAAUGUCUUUCCUGUUCAACACAUUCUCACCACCAGAGGGACAAGGGGGCAAAUGGUCUGCCGAGGUGAAAAAGGCGAAAGAAUUAGGAUACACCGAGCCGGAUCCACGAGAUGAUCUCAACGGUCUAGAUGUUGCUAGAAAGAUUACCAUCCUAGCACGACUGGCAGGACUUCCCAUCGAGUCACUCUCAGCAUUUCCAGUCCAGAGCCUCAUCCCUAAGGAACUUCAGACAGUCGCUUCUAGUGAAGAAUUCCUCCAGAAGCUCCCUAGUUUCGACCAUAUUCUGGAGCAAGAAAGAGAGGCGGCAAGUAAAGUCAACAAAGUUGUUCGCUUUGUCGGCAAGGUGGACAUCAUUUCCGGCGAGGCUAAGGUUGGCCUUGAGUGGUUUGAGAAGUCUCACCCCAUUGCCAAUCUCCAAGGCAGCGAUAACAUCAUCAACUUCUAUACUAAGCGCUACGGUAAUCUUCCGCUCACAAUCCGCGGAGCCGGUGCUGGUGGGGAUGUUACUGCUAUGGGAGUCACUGGGGAUUUACUGAAGAUUUUGAGACAGAUUUAG